AUGAUCCCUUUUAAAUUUCAUUUUGUAUCCCUGCCUCUUUUCAUUUCUUGCCUCUUCAGCUUUCAAGAAAUAAAGGCCCUUUCCGACUUCAAGAUGCCUGGUGACCAUAUCAUCGCAGGAAUGUUCCCCAUCCACUCUGUCUAUGAUGAAGUCAGACUCAAACCUGAGGUGACUCUAUGUGAGAGGUCCAAUGGCUUCAAUCAACAUGGCUAUCACCUCUUCCAAGCCAUGAGGUACGCCAUAGAGGAAAUCAACAACUCCAGCUCUCUGCUUCCCAACAUCACUCUGGGCUAUGAGCUCUACGAUGCAUGCUCAAAGUCUGCGAAUAUGUACGCCACACUGAGCAUUCUCUCUCAGCACAGAAGCAAUCGCAUCAGAAUUCCUGAAAACUUCUUCAGCUAUUACCCCAAGGCGGUGGCAGUGAUCGGGCCAGAUAACACAGAGCUGACCUCUGUGUCUGCAUCCUUACUGAGCACAUUCUUGGUCCCCCAGAUCAGCUACGGAGCGACCAGCAUGAUGUUCAGUGACAAGGGGAAGUAUCCCUCCUUCCUGCGCACCGUCCCAAGUGACAAGCACCAAGUCCACACCAUGGUGAUGCUGCUGAAGGAGUUCGGGUGGUCCUGGAUCUCGGCGAUCGGCAGCGAUAAUGACUAUGGCUGGCUUGGGCUGCAGUUGCUAGAGGACUUGACCACCGAACAGAAAAUCUGCAUCGCCUAUAAGGAUUUUGUGCCCCUUUCAGCCCAAGCCAAUGACGGCGUGAUGCAGAACAUGAUGCUCUCCAUCACCAACUCUGGCACAAAGGUGGUGGUGGUCUUCUGCGACAAAGGGCUGGCUCACAUCUUCUUUAAGGCCGUGGUGCUACGGAACGUGACUGACAAAGUGUGGCUGGGCACAGAAGCCUGGUCCAUCUCCACUUACAUCACCCAGGUGCCCGGCAUUUCAAAGAUUGGGACGGUGAUUGGCGUCACAAUCCGGCAGCAGCAGAUCCUCGGCUUGACGGCAUUUGAAGAGGCCUACAUCCGAGCCAAGAAGGCCUCAGAGUCAGUAGCUGAGCCUGCCCAGUAUGGGGACCAUCACACCUGCAAUCAGCACCUGCCUUUCACAGCAGAUAUCCCCACUGAGCUGAGCUCCUCUUCCAUGAAUACAGCCUACAGUGUCUACACCGCCGUGUAUGCUGUGGCCCGCGGGCUACACCAGCUCCUGGGCUGCCCUUCAGGAGUCUGCGCCACAGGCAGGAUCUAUCCUUGGCAGCUGUUGGAGGAGAUCAAGAAGGUGAAUUUCAUACUGCACGGGAACACUGUGUCCUUCAAUGAAUAUGGAGAUCCGGUCAGUGGAUAUGAUAUUGUUACAUGGGACUGGAAUGGCCCUAACUGGACUUUCAAAGUCAUUGGAUCUUCCACAUGGUACCCAGAUCACUUGGAAAUAGAUGGGACUAAAAUCCUCUGGCACAAAGAAAAAAACCAGGUGCCUCGAUCAGUGUGCUCUGAGGAGUGUCAAACAGGAGCGGCCCGGAGGAUAGUGGGACUGCACCACUGCUGCUUUGAAUGUAUACUCUGCACAGCUGGGACCUUCCUCAACCAAAGUGACCAGUACACUUGCCAGCCAUGUCAGAAAGAAGAAUGGUCCCCGGAGGGCAGCCAGACCUGUUUCAACCGCACCAUCGAGUUCCUUCCCUGGCACCAUCCAGUCUCCUUGGUGCUCAUGGGGGCUAACACCCUGCUGCUCCUCCUGUUGGCAGGGGUGGCCAGCCUGUUUGCCCGGCACCUGGACACUCCUGUGGUGAGAUCGGCGGGGGGCAGGAUGUGCUUCCUCAUGCUGGGCUCCUUGGCAGGCGCCGGCUGCAGCCCCUACUGCUUCCUCGGGGAACCCACAGCACUCACCUGCCUGCUACAGCAAUCUCUCUUUGCUCUGGGCUUUGCCGUUUUCCUGUCUUGCUUAACCAUUCGCUCCUUCCAGCUGGUCUUCAUCUUCAAGUUGUCAGCCAAGAGGCCCACCCUCUAUCAUUCCUGGGUGCAGAACCAUGGACCCGGCAUCUUUGUGGUGAUAAGUUCGACUAUCCAGCUGCUCAUAUGUAUCACGUGGCUGGUGGCCUGGACCCCCCGGCCCACCAAGGAAUAUAACAGGUUCCCCGAGCUGGUGGUGCUGGAGUGUUCCGGGGCUAGCUCUCCGGGCUAUAUGCUGAGCAUUCUCUACACCUGCCUGCUCUCCAUCAGCUGUUUCACCUGGAGCUAUCUGGGCAAGGAUCUGCCCGAGAACUACAACGAGGCCAAAUGCAUCACCUUCAGCCUGCUCCUCUACUUUAUUUCCUGGAUCGGCCUGGUUACCACUAUCAGUGUCUACCAGGGCAAAUACCUGCCAGCCAUCAACGCGUUGGUCAUCAUGAGCAGCCUCGGCGGUGUUUUCAGCGGCUACUUCCUCCCCAAGUGCUAUGUCAUCCUCUGCCGCCCAGACCUCAACACUACGGAGUAUUUCCAGGCCUCUAUCCAAGAUUACACACAGCGCUGCAGCUCCUCCUGA